ACGAGGCGGCGGUGUGGAAGCGCUGACAGGGCUGAGCGUUCUCCCGCGUCCCAUGGCGGCGCUCGGCGCCUACCGCUGCAUCGAGUGCAACGGGGAGGCGACGGAGCUGUACCGGGACUACCAGCGCGGGGUGCUCCGUAUCUCCAUCUGCAAAUCCUGCCAGAAACCUGUGGAUAAAUACAUUGAGUAUGAUCCUGUUAUCAUCUUGAUUAAUGCUGUUUUAUGCAAAGCACAAGCAUACAGGCACAUUCUUUUCAAUACAAAGAUAAAUAUUCAUGGGAAGCUCUGCAUAUUUUGUUUGCUCUGUGAAGCUUAUAUCAGGUGGUUGCAACUACAGGAUUCAAGCCAAAAUACAGAUCCUGAUGACUUAAUCAGAUAUGCCAAAGAAUGGGAUUUUUAUAGAAUGUUUGGCAUAGCUUCUUUAGAACAAACUUCAUUUUUCAUUGGCAUUUUUAUUACCUUGUGGUGGAUGACACCUGAGAUGCUGAAAAGAAAGUCAGACUUCAUUUUACUUCUCAAAGCACUGCUGUUGUCCACCUAUGGAAAGCUGCUGCUAAUUCCAGCUGUUAUUUGGGAGCACGACUACACACCUUUGUGCCUUGCAUUUAUAAAAGUGUUUGUCUUGAUAUCAAACUCUCAGGCAAUUAGAGUUACUUUGAACUUGAACCGAAUACUCCCUUGGUUUGCCAUCUUCUUUGGAUUAAUUUUGGAAAAUGGCGUGGUCUGCUUGUUCCAGAAAAUGGGAUGGGAUGUUUGAAAUGUCAGCCCAGUGAAGAAAUACCAACAAGAUGAUGAUAAUAAUUUUCUAAGAAUGAUCUCUGCCAGCAGGCUCCAAUAACACUGUUUUCACUGGGAUAAAGAAGGUGAUAGAUAACAAAAAAAUGUUAGAAGUUUGGCUGUUUACUGUGCUGAGCCAUAAAACUUCAGCCUUAGGUUGUUUAUUUUCCCAUUAAAAAUAUGAAUGUCUCACUAUCCUAACAGUUCUAUAAAUCUGGCUGCAUAGCUGUGGCUGUAAGAACAAAGGUACACUAAAAAAACCCAGCCCUGCUACCAAUCAGUGCAUUUUGGCAGAGAGAGGAGGAAUUGUUCCCUUAAGAGGAAGGGAGUCAGUGGAAAAAUGUAAAAGCCAAAAUUUAUAUUUCCGCAAAACCAGAUUUUCAAAGAGAAAAGUGAACAUUUGCAAAUAGUUUAUUAGAGAAAAGGCCAGUAUUCCAGAGUGAAACUACAAUGGGAAAACCAAGCUGUAUGUUGCUGGAAUGUUUGUGUAACGAUCCAAAAUAAUAAAACAUCUAGUUCUAGAGAAAUCUCUAGGAAUGAUAGGUUUAAACUGCCUUGAAAUUUUACGUGAUCUCAUAAAUGCUGUUUUGUUCUGAAAGCGGAAGAAAGAGUGAAAGGACUAAUCCCCAACAUGCAGGGGUGAUGGGGAUACCACUUCUGCAUUUAAGUCACAUCCCCACACCCAGUCCUCAUCUGGCUGUACAUUUAGUGGAAGCAAAAAUUGAGACAUGAAGCCAUUCAGCAACAGAGUAGUACUUUAAAAAUAAACAAGCAACAUGUUUAGGCCUAAAUUAAUGAAGAAACAUUGAUAGAAGUUCUACACCUUCAUCCUCAGCAGGCAAAAGGAGAGCUAACUAGCCCACAAAGGAACUGACAGGAUAAGUUUCCACAAGACAGUAAUAAGGACACAAAACCACUUUUGUGCAGGCCAGUUUCCAUUCAUUCCAUCCAAUAUUUAACUCUCCUGCUUGAGUUCUGGAAGGCUGUACUGUCCAUAGGGAUUACUUCCAUUCUUUGUUUUCCUCAGAUGCUGUCUCAUGUCUGUGUUUUCCAGAAUGAAUGAAAAAACAUUUUGCAACAUCUUCAAGUUAAUUCCAAACACAUUUAGAGUAAGUCUAGAUUAUGACCACAGAAGACAUCAAACCUGUUUGUCUGAUGGAACUACCCAUGCUGUGCUAGUUGAUCAGAAAAGCAAAUGGUUGCAGAUUCCCUUUUAUUAAAUCAAAGGCUAACAGCACUUCUGUAGUUUGUGUUACACUUUGUAACUUCUUGAGCAUGUCAGAGAAAGCAAAAAAAAAAAAACCAAAUUGCAACAUUUUUAAGUAUGUGAGACUCCUGAUUUGAUUGGUAAUGAAUUAAUUUCCCCAAGUUGAGUCUGUUUUGUCCAUGACAGUAACUGGUGACUAAACUCUCCCCAUCCUUAUCUCGACCCAUGAACCUUUCCUUUUAUUUUCUCUCCAGUGCCUAGCUGGAGAGUGACAGAGAAGCUUUGGUGAGCAUCUGAUAUCCAGACUGUGUCAAUCCACCACAACUCUGGAUUGUCUCUUCAGAAAAAUGUGCAUGAUUUCUAAUGCAAAUUUUGAUUUUCUGACAGUGUAACAACAGUGCUUUGGUUUAUUCUUCUUAGGUUAUAGAUUUUAUUUUUUUAUAUUCAUCAUAUGUGUCAUGGUUAUCUAUACCCCCAUCAAAAGAGGAUUUUUGGUUUUUUUCAGGUAUUUGGUCUGGCACUGGUUUCAGUCUAGAAGCUGAGUGGAGCCUAUUUAAGUGUAACUGAUGCAGGUUAUUAUAUGUGAACAUGAUGUCAGCAGCAAAAUUGUAAAUACAAUGUAUAUAAAUUUUAUUUGAGGAUAGUCUUCUUAAAUUAAACUUUAUUUUGAAUUUUUAAAAACUGAUUUCAGGUAUUUUUUGAGUUUUUUCUCAGAACACCUAGAAUGGACAGGAAUACAUUUUGAAAGCAGCAGUGUACCUAUUGUGUCACCUACACUGACAACGUAUCAGUUUUGCACUCUAAUGCUGCCAGGAGCCACCACUGCCCUUACACAACUUUGAAGAGAAGACUAUUAAAAGCUACAGAGCUGUGGAACAAAAGCAGGUGUGGUACAGGUUCUCAGUCUUCAGAGGCAUCAUUAGUAAUGUAGGGCAUUCAGCAUUGUUUGGUGUUAAAGCUACUCAUUUACCAAAAGUAAAAUGACAAAUACCCUAAUAUUUCAUAAAUCUAGGGGGAGCUUAAGAGAGAAGCUUUAGAGAGAACCAAGAUUAUUUUAAGGUUCUGCCUGUUUAUCACAUCUCUCUUGCUUUUACUUCUUUUUGUCUUUUGAACUCAUAUUUUUCCCAUUAACUUUUUGUAAUGAAACAGUUUCCUGUGCUGGAAGAUGGAUGGCAAAUAGCCCUUUCUGUGUAUCAUUAUUUGUUUCAUUAGCUUAUAGGAGAGGAUUUAUUUGAGUUAAAAAUACAGCAGCCUGGAAGUGAGCCUAUAGAAACUCCUUAAGUUUUGCUUGGAAUCAGAAGGGGUAUUUGGCCUGUGGAGCAAAUUCAGAGCAUUGCAUGAAAUGUACAGAAGAACCAGGGGUGUUAUUGAGACUUGGAUUGAGCAGUGGCUCAGUGAUUGUGCAGUGGGUGCUGGACACUUCUGUGGGUCCAGAGGCCAUGUAGCAAGUAUUUAGAAAUUAGUGUUUGCAAAACUGGAGAAUUACAGUAAAAGUUAAGGAGGGUUAAGAGAGAAGGUAGGAAUCUGGCAGACUUCUACAAAAUUAAGAUGGCAAUAAAAACUAAGGAGAUAGCAUCUCAAGAAAAAUAUGGAAGAAAAUACAAAUUAUAGAAAUUUAUGAGUGUAUCAUUAUGCAAAUAUAAAAACAUUCUACUCCCAAGUUUACAAAUUAUGAACAUGAAAGAAGAGAAUUUACUGCAGACAUUUUUGCAAUAGUCUGACAACACAAGACAUAGCAGAAGAUGUCUUCCAAGCAGUAAAGUCUAUGAGUUUUCCCUAGAAAAAAUACCAGUAACCGCAUUACUUCAAUGGUUUGCUCUAUAGCCUUGAAAAUACACUUUUAUAAGGCAAAAUUACCAAUUGCACAGCAAUAGAAUUAGUCACUGAGUAGGAAGAGCUGUGCAACAGCAGAGCUUGCCCCUUCAUGUGUGCUACAUGAGGCUUUACUGGUGCAAGGGCUACUACCCUUGUGACCUCCUGCACAUACAGACAAGGGAGCCCUUUCUUGCACACAAGCCCUAUCUCAGAGGCAUAUAAGCUGCCAUUUGUUACCCCAGUCUCCACCAAACUGAAAAUAAAGUAGAACAUCUGUACUGGAAAACUAUUAGCUGAUUUCUCAUAAAACAAGCAGGCCCUUGUUUCUCAGGGGCUUGCCUGCUUUUGCAUUCCUUGAGCCCUCCCUGGCAGGAUAAUGCUAAGCACUGCAGUGCCAUCUGGAGUUGAUAAGGAAACCUCUGUUGAUAAGGAAACCUGUUGAUUUCAAAACUGGAAGGAACACACAGACACUUAGGUGGUCUUUGAUUAAUUUUUGUUUUUUAAAAUCACAAAUCCAAGCUUUUAAAAAUGAACAUCCAUCUUCAGUUUAGAGAAAUGUGAGAAUGAAAUUAGUGAUGAAAAACCGGUCACAAAAUAGUUGUUUUGGUGACUUGGUAUCAA